GAAGAACGCGGUGUAGCCGCUCACCCGCUUUGUCGGUGUAGUAUUAUUAUCCCCUACGGGGAGAGACGCGUCUCCCGCGAGAGUGAGAGAACACGUUCCGCUUCUACCCUUAUCCGUGUCUGCCCUUAUGUCCGCUCGCGAUCAAUACGCGCCCGCCGCCGCCGUGCUCGCCGUUCAUGCGUAAGUCUUACCCCCGUGCUCCACCGUAACUACGUCGGCCAGUGUUCCGCUUACUGGGAGUAUCUCGAAAUUGAGAAAAUGGUUCUGAUAAUAAGUGAUCCACUCGCGAACUCCACGACGGCCGACGCCGAGCGCAUGCAGGUCCUGCGGGAAGAUAAUGGCCCCGAUAGUGCGGGACGCGAUUUCUCGGACACGAGAACGGUGUCUUCUAGGCUGUGCGAUGGAGGACACGUCUGCUCUCCUCCGAAAGAGUGCUGUUCUCACAGCUGUUGUUACAGUGUCUUCACGCCGGUGCAUCCCCAUGUCUCAGAGAUGUUCAAUUUCUUGAUUUGGACUUACUGGUAUUUGUGGGCGGCGGUGCUCACAGCCUUGGCCAUAGCCGCGGCGUGCGGCUUCUGGCUAUGGAAGCGUCGACGUUCAAUGCUGUCGGAGGACUGCGUGUCCUCGGAGAGAACCUCCACGGGCCCGUGGUAUCCGCCUCCUCACUAUAGCCGAUGUAGUUCCUUCGUUCAGGCCUUACCACCGCCUUACAAUGAGGUCACCGCGAAACCAGACCUUUAUCCGCUGGUGAUCGGCUUCGACGAGACUACGGGCAAGGGGACCUCCGGCUUCGUGAUGCGCUAUUUCAGAUCGCUCUCCCACGCGAGCACGCUGGACUCGCUGAGCUCCAGCUUCAUGUGCAACAUGGUGAACGAGGCGAACACCAUCAUUCCGCCGCCGUACUCUUGCAACAACAGCGUCGACGAGCUCUCUGCGGCGGAGUGCGAGCGCAGAGAGGCCGGCGACGUCGGCUCGGUCGUCUCCUUGACAAAUCACAGGACAACCUCUGACAUAUCAAGCUUAGCUGCUCAAUCGCCUUGCUCCCCGCCGAGGGCUACCAGCCCGACGAUAGAGUUACGAGAAUUGUUGGACAAGAUACAGCAGCUUCCGCACCUGUCUAACGGACACACUAUUAGCACCAGUAGCACCACCUCCUCCACCGCCUUGCCUUGCCAGCAACAGCAGCAGCAGCAGCAACAAGCAAACAAUGCUCCGGUCUUGUACGUGACGAGCAGCGACGGUUGCACGCAACAACGGCCUCUGAGCCCCGGUGAUAUCGGCUCAUACAGGGUGCGGAGGACCCGGGGCAAACUGUACAUGCCGCUGGGCCUGCCGAAUUCGCGCAACAAACCGAAGCGGUGGUUGUCGCGCUCGGCGCCGACGACGCCCUCGGGAACGAUACCGAUGUCGUUCCUGCCGGGGCAGAGCAGGAGACCGUCGGAAACGGACAACAACAAUCAACAGGCGGUGCCGCUGCUCGCCGAGCAGGACGAGAACGAGAACAAUAACGCGGAUCAGCCGCAGGCGGGCGUGCCGUUGCUCGUCGAGCAAGAGGAGGACCGACCGGCGACAUGACGCACAAUCCAACAUUGAGAACGGUUUAAAUAUUAGAUCAGUGGUACAAUCGUGAAGCUUUCCUCCGAGAGUCAAUUAUGAAUCUCUCCUCUAGCGUGAAUCCGCGAAAAUUUUCGAAUUUGGAAGCAUCUGGAAACGUUCACUUUUCAUGAGUUCACACUGGGGAAAAAGAUUCAUGAUCGCCUUCCUGGUGUGAACUCGUGAUAAGUGGUACGUUUCCAAAUGCUCUCAAGUCGGAGCAUUUUUACUUCUCGGGAGUUUAUGCUAAAAGAGAAGAUUCAUGAUCGACCCUCGGGAGAAGAUUUACGAUCGACCCACGGACCGUGUGACUUUUCCCUAAGAGCGGAAACGCGAAAUGUUCCCAUUGUUCGAAGAGCUACACGACCGCCCUAAAGUCCACCCUGCGCGUUCCCGCCCUCAGAAAAAAGUUACAUAAUCUUUAGCCAGAGCUGUCUGACGUCGGUCUUCGUUUUAUCGAUGAAAGCACGAAGAAAGACCUCCGGAUCCCGAAAUCGCGAUUAGCCGUGGCUCGUGCUUAUCCAAUUCUCGCGAAGGAACGGGGGAUCCUGAGGCUUGUCGAAUGUGUCGCGGAAAACUGUCAGGGUCCCGAGUCGGUCUUUACCUUUCGGCUCAAUUCGAGGCUACCGGCUACCCGACGAUUCCGAGCGUCCUCGUGUUACUUCUUGACGUUUCAAGCUGGCGUUUACGCAAGACUACCUCCCUGUGCGCCCGUCUUUUUCCUCCUUCGACGUGAGAGAAGAAAAGACGUCGUCGGACAGCUCUACCCGCCGAACCGUUCUCGCGCACGACGCCACCACCGGCCACGAUCCGCGCUGAUCCUUACAUCCGGCGAAUCUAAAUAUUUUUUAAUACGGCUCUGGUACGCAUGAUGAGGCUUCUAAAACUACGGCUAGUACACACACGAUAGUCACAGUUUUUCCGCAGUACGGAGACACACGAGGCGCCGUCGAGGGUGAUUCUCUUUACCGAAGGACAAGCAGCCUACUUUUCUAAACGCGAUAUCCCGCGCAAUCGGAAGGGCCGCUGCUUCGGACGAAGCAACUCGAGGCCUUGUUCCCGCGUAUGUUCCCUUCCUAGAGUUCGAAUCCGCCGUUGUUGUUCCUUGUAGUUGAGUGUCGUCUCAAUCACGGAUCUAGACAUGAAGAGAGAACGGAGAAUCGCUGCGAGUAGAACACGUUUUGCGCUUUCCUGGAGGAACGUAGAGGAUAACGUUGAUAAAGAUAUAACGAUGUAAAAAAAAGAAAAAAAAUCUCAUGGUCCCUUCCGAUUCUGCGGUGAGCAACCGAGGUCGAACUGUGACACGGUUUUACAACUUCUUGUCGCCUUACAGCUAAAGUAAGCUUCACUUCCUCCCAAUAGAUCUCUUGGAUUCACGACGACGACGACGGCGAUGAUUAUGGGCAACGUCGCGUUUUCCCACGUGGCGCGAACCCAUACAGCACAGACCUCGCAUCCCAGAGAUGUCCCCAGACGACGACCCUGUAUCUUAAGAACGUCUACGAGAUGUCCCUUGGAUAAAAAUGUGCCGUGUGGGAAAUAACCCGAGUGAGAAAAAUGCUGAGGGGAAAAAGUAUUAAAAAAUUUAUUUGUACGAUAUAACAUUUAUUUCAUAGAAAUUCACAGAAAUGGAUCUUAUAUCUGUCAUAGAUAAAUUUUUACGUACAUUUUUCCCAGUGUGAAGCGGCUACGGUGGUAAAAUGCGACGUCUUUUUCAAACGAACGUUUCGCGUUACUAUAUCUCUUUCUCUCUUUCUCUUACUUACUUAUUUACGAAGCUACACGCGCGCGUCGAAGGGUGAAUAUUUUUAAUCUCGAACCGUAAGGUAAAAUAAAAAAGAAACCAGAUCAACGCGCACGCGGGGCGCAUUCGAUACAUCGAAAUUCAUCGCAAUAAGAGCGGAUUAGAUGGAACGAAAGUUUCGGGCAGCCGUCGGCAGCAGUUAGCAGUUAAUGAGCGAAGACGAACUUUUUAUUAUAUAUAUAUCUCGCGUAUACCUAUAAGUUUUAUCGAUAUAACGAAACGAAAUGCGUCGUCCAUUCGAGGGAACUGGUCACCGGAGAGAGAAGGAGUGUAGGACAAUACACACACGAACACACAAACCGCGUAAUGUAACGCGCAGGAACGUGAAUGUGUGCAACGAUGCGACAUACACACACACAUCAUGCAUAAACAUACAUACAAAUGAACACAUGAGCCAACGUACAAUGCAGAUUCCGUCAAGAGGUAGCCAGCGCCCGUUAGAGACUAUGCAGAGACUAAUAGACAAGCACAAGAGUUCGUAGCGCAUAGAACGGCUGACGUUUACGAUUCCGUUUAAUCCUCGUGUUCCGAACGCAAACGAGGAUGCCGGGAUAAUGGAUACAAAGUGCGAUCUUAGCGGCAGUAAGAGAGACACACCAGCUGAGGUGUAGUUUACAUGUUCUUUACCGAAUUACACGUACGUUAUUUAGCUCUCUUCUUUGUUCGACGAUUCGCUUCUUACUCGAUACAAUUGUACCCACGUAAAAUACAAAUUAUUCUUUCAACAUUUAAAUUAUGAAUCGGAAAAUAUUUAAAGACAUUUCAUUU